AUGGUGUACUUGCACGUAUGUUUGUUGCAUGGAUCUCAGUCAGCUUUGGCGUUGGUAGACCAUGGAUGCAGUUAUAUAAACCUUGUAAACAUGAUUAUGUCAGAGUUCAGCUUGGAUCCGACAAAGGUAGCAGUAUCAUUGAAGUAUAUACUCAACGACGAUUUGCCUGCAAUCAAGAUAAAAAAUGACAGCAAUGUGCUUGCAUACAUUCUGUUGAAAGAAGUCGAUCGUGAUCCAGCUAAAUACCCAUUAAUCAUUGACAUAAUUGAUGCAGCAAUACAAUACCCGUCUGACAUGGUCACAGAUAAUGCUUAUCGUAACAGUGAGCUUUAUACGUUGCAGGAUGUGGCCACAGAAAUUUGCGAAGCAUCAAGUAAACAUUUAGGUCACAUUUGUGACAAUAAAGUCACGAUUGUUUCUAUAGCAGAUGCUAUUAAGGUCGAAGAAGGCAGGAUUUUCCGUGACAAGGAUAUUUUAAAAUUGAGCCUAUCGUUUUUUGCCAUACGAAACAUGUUUGAGUUUAUGGUUGAACAAUUCGACAAGAAAGAAUAUGUGGUGAGGUGUUCUCAUGAAGGAUGUACUUGGAUAUGCCGAUCGUCAAAAUGGGGUAAAACGAAUCUAUUUAAGAUUCGAAAGAUUGGUAGUCACACAUGUGCAUCAAAUGUGGUGUUGGGGUCACACAGACAAGUAUCAGCUGCAGUUGUGUCAUCUAGCAUCAAGUACAAGUACACAUCAGCUGGCACAAUAUACACACCAAAGGACAUAUGUAGUGAUAUGCUACAUACGUUUGGAGUAUAUUUGAAUUACUCAAAAGUUUGGAGGUCCCGUGAACAAACAUUGAAGAUGAUUAGGGGUGAUCCGACGGAAUCAUUCGGUAAGAUACCAAGCUUCUUCUACAUGGUUCGACAAAGAAAUCCUGGUACGGUCACAGAGUUGGAGGUCGAUAGUCACAAUAGGUUCAAGUACUAUUUUAUGGCACUCGGUGCAUCAAUACAGGGGUGGCAACAUUGUAGGCUCGUAAUUGUCAUUGACGGUACUUAUUUGAAUGGUCAUUAUGGAGGUACCCUAUUCACAGCAUGUACACAGGAUGCAAAUAAUGGCAUAUUUGUUCUUGCCUUUGGAGUAGGGGAUAAUGAGAACGACAAAUCAUGGAGAUGGUUUUUGGAGAAACUGAAGAAUGCAUAUGGGCACAAAGAAGGAUUGUGUUUUGUAUCGGACCGUCAUGGCAGUAUAAAGAAAGCAAUAGAAUAG